CAGGAAUCGCGUAUGCUAAGCAGGGGACAGCACAUUCAUGGUGAGACGUGUCAUCCCCCACCAUCAUCAGUAGCUCUACAAAUUUGUCUCGCGGGACAUCGCGUUUGGUUCCUAUGGCUCUGCUUUCAGAAGCCUUAAUUUUGGCUUACGUAUUGCCCAUCCUGACGGUAUGUUCAUCAUUGGGAGUUGCUUUUAUGGAAGACGAAGAAGAUCGCAGCUUUGAUGGAACCCCUUCAAUAUCUCGCGAAAAGUCGGACGACAAUUUGUGUCCCAGUGGCUCAGUGUGCACACCGAUUAAAAGCUGUACAUUGUUGCAAGAUCUCAUGGAACAAAGUUGUCUUGCGUCUGAAAAAUUGGGGGAUCUGACAUGUGGCUACCGGGGAAAUGAAAUUCUAGUAUGCUGUCCACAAGGAGGUUUUGAGAGUCCUUUUACAUAUCAUCACAGCAGUUCUCAAGGAUCGUCACCAUCAGGAAAGAAGACAGUCUGUGGUCAGCCCUUGUUUAACAGCAUAAAACGGGGAGGAACUGGUGGUCUAGGAUCACAUCCGUGGGUUGCACGAAUUGGAUAUAUCAAUAUGAAGACAGGCCACAUGAGUUAUCCUUGCUGUGGAUCCAUUAUCUCUGAUAAAACUGUUUUAACAGCAGCUCAUUGUGCCCUUGCCAAUACAGAUAAACACAAGCUGUCAUCUGUACGAGUUGGCGAGUAUGAUGGCAAGGGGGACCCAGACUGUACUAAAUCUUUUUGUGCUCAUCCUGUUCAAGACAUUGCUGUCAGUCAUGUAAUUGUCCACCCAGGCUUUGAACGAAAGAUAUUCAAACAUGAUGUAGCUUUGCUGGUACUUAAAAUACCCAUGAAUUUCUCAGUGGCUGCCUUACCUAUCUGCCUCCUAGAAAACCCCAAUGUUCCUUUGGUUGGUCGUAGAGCUUCACUUGUGGGUUGGGGUAAGACGUCAGGACAAGAAGUACUACCAAGCCGUGAGCAGUUACUGGAAUUACCAAUAGUACCACUUGAUCAGUGCACCAAGGUUUACGGUCAAGUGGCGUCAGUUACACAGAACCAAAUAUGUGUGGGUGGUGAAGCUGGGAAAGAUGCUUGUUCUGGAUUUGGAGGAGCACCUCUCAUACUGCUUGACCACUACACACGUAGCAGGUAUUACCAGGUGGGAAUUACAUCAUUUGGUUCUGACAAAUGUGGAACUCAAGGUGUACCUAGUGUACAUUCCAGUGUACAUCGUUAUGCUGAAUGGAUACGUAGCAACAUGGUAUAGACAUCAUGUCCACUAAGAGUUUUGUGGUUAUAUUCCAUUAUUUAUUUCAGACCCUUUCAUUUACAUAAGAAAGAGUAUUUUUAUUGAUCCAGCUAUAACUAGAAAUGGAUUAUAGAAAUUUGUAUAAUAAUGAAAUUGGAAUAUAAACAAUGUCAGAAAGGUUUAGUGCGUGAAGAAUGAAUUAAAAAUACACAGUAGAAAACCAAGAUCAGCAAGCUCACUAAAGGUAUACUACAGUGAAAUAUUCUUACUAAAAUCAAGUACUGACAUCAUUUGUUUCUCCACUAAAGUCUCAUAUACAGAGUUAUGUAAUAGUGAGGUCAAAUACAUAUAUACUAUGUCAUUUAAUCACUAGUCUCAUAAAAUAUGUUUUUUCACAUGUACAUAAUUUUUUUGUUUUAUGCAUGUAAAUACUCAGUAAUAUUUCCCAGUUUGUGUCUUUAAUAUGGGCAAUGUCACUCCUAAGUGAGAUUUUAACUCCUUCAUUUUGUGUAUCAACUCUAUUCACUACUUAACAAAUAAUUUAGUUUCUUAUUGUGCAACAACCCUGGAUUUCUAAACUUGGACACCUCUUGAGCUUGAAUACAGACUCACUCAUUUCACAUUGCCACAAAGACUUAAUAGCUGCUAAUAGGCAUGUUUCCAGAGAUCAGAACACAACAGCAUUUCCUACUCGUUACUUGGUAGUUUUAUUAAAAGUCUAUGUUAUAUUCUGAUAAUUGAGUAGAUCUAGAAUCCACUUGUAUAUUACACUGCAACAAUUAUGUUACACAUAAUCAACAACUGGUCAGGUAAAGGUAUUUGUGGGAAGUAGUUGGUGAAAUAGACUAUGGAAAUCUGAAGGUGUACAGUCCCUCCUUGCUUUCUGGGAUGAUUCAUGUGAUAUUGAAUGGUAUCUCAACAUUAUACUGGUACACUGGCUUUUAAUCGUUUCCCCAAAUCUUUGUUGGCCUUUUCAUCAUGUAUAAUGUAUACAUUGUCUUCUGAAAAGAUGAUGUUCCACACAUUACUAGCAUAUGGAUCGUCCUGUCCCAGCUGUCAGUUGUUGAUGACUGUGUUCCCAUAGGGGCUCAAACACUCACCUCUCAUAUCUUCACUUGUGAUCCAACUGCUGCCAUCGCAGACUCUAACGUCAAGGCCUGGUUAAGGGAUUCUAGCCACUGCUCAUGAUGAGGUGCUGCUUCACUUCUAAGUCCUUCACUCCAUUGAAGGAUGCACGGGCUGACACAUUCUGGACGAAGUCCUCAGGUAACCCAACAAAGGUGACAUUUGCCAUCUGCUUGAUAGUUGCUGCCAAUUCUCAUAGGGGCAUUCCAGUUAGCUGGGUUCUGGCUUUGAAGUUAUACUGGAAGGAUGGUGCCAGCUUGUGGUCUCCAUAGUGGUCCUUCUUGUAUGUACUCUGGCUAGGCCAAUAUAUAGGAUAUUGGCAGCUUGGUCCUGCAGAAUGACAAGUAGAUGUAUGGCUUUCUCCAGGGCUGCCCAACAGAAUGAUUAACUAUGGCUUGAAACUGACUGUCAAGUGCUGUCGAGGACAUGGAUUCACCAAGGUUUGUUGACUUCAUUACAACAGUGAAGGCCCCUGUGUUUGCUCCACCUCAAUGCCUCAUUUUGGAUUCCACUGCUGCCAAUCACAUCUUGAGCUCCUGGCAUGUGGCUUCCAGGUCACAUUGAGUCACUUACUGUACUCAUCUCUUCCUUCAAAUCAUCUGCAUUGUAGUGCACUGAACUGAAAUCUGACUACUCAUGCACACACACUCACAAACUCACUCACUAGGUGAGUGACUCGAUAACUUAAAAACUGACUCGUCUGCCUGCAGUGACUAACUGAAAACUUCAUACUUGUUUGCUUGCUUUGCACUAAAUUGAAUUAAACUGGGUUCACAAAAGAGCUAUACAGUUACUGCUGUAGGCAUGUCAGUCUCUGGCAAGUUUCCAGUGAGUGAUGGCAAGAUUUUAGUGUACGGCUCCAGCUGAAAAGUUUCUCGGACAAUUCAAGUGGAGAGAGACGCAUGCUGACCAGGGGCACAGUUCCCUCUUCCUCAGUUCCCCCAGCAGUAGGAAUGAUCACCAACCACACUAUGGUAUCAUAAGCCAAAAUAUCGCAAUAUGUACCUUGUACUUAUUUAACAAUAUUUUCUCAUCAAACACAUUUCCAUAAUCAUCACUUUAUUACUAAGUUCUUCAUGGGUUCAUGACAUCAUCAUCAUCACAUUACCAAUAUCAGCAAACUGUAUCAAAGAACAUAUAUCAUCAGCAUUAUAUUACCAUCAGAAGAUGAAAUAUUAAAUAUAGAUAAUAACCUGCUCAAGUAGCUCUUAAUAACCAGAUUUAAUAUUUAUAAUACAAAAUGUGAAAUGCAGAGGUAUUUAAACUUGAUAUAUUCUUCACCAAACACUUGUUGGUCUCGCAUAGCACUGCAUUGAUCCUGACCCCUUGUUUGUAAUAUUGAUAUCAAAGGGUAGUAACAACUGGAGACUAAAACCGUGGGCCAAUAAUAAUUCAGUUGUACAAUUAGAAGAAGAAUGUUUUUUUAAAAAUCUUUUAAUUGAUCUGGUAAUGGAAAAUAAUGAAGAAAUUCUCCAGUGAAUGUACUUGUACAUGAUCAUUGUAAUCAUACAAAAUCUGGAUUAAUAAAAUAGAUAUCUUAAGCAUA